GGAGUGGAGUUUGGAUGCCGCCGCUGCCGCGGGCUGGAACGGCGCGGCCGCGGGGGCUGCCAGGGUAUUUCGGGAAGGGGGCGUGAGGAGGCGGCGGCUGCGGCGGCGGCGGCUGUGGCAGCGGCAGCGUGUGGAGGCAGCUGAGAGAAAGAGAAAGAAAGGAAAGAGGGCGGGGGACUACUCAGAGGAGGAGGCGGGACCGACCAGGCUCCUCACCUCUCGGUAGCGGCGGCGGGCGGCCCGGGAGGCGGCACCGCCCCCUGCCCGCGGACUCCUCAGCGCAGCCGGCCGCCGACCUGCCGGCCCCGGGCAGCGGCCGAAGCUACGGGGGCGGAAGCGGUGGGCCGGGGCGGCGGUGGAGGCGACCGCCAUGGCGUUCCUCAAACUCCGUGACCAGCAACUUUGGAAAUGAUGGGUCCAAGAGAGCUGAACUUCUGUCAGCCUGGGUCAUCUCCAGCCUCUUCAUGCCCACAGCUGAUCAUUAAGAUGGAUUUUUGGACUUCAUAGAGAGAGAGAGGGCACGAGAGUGUGAGAGUACAAGCAGGAGGAGUGGCAGGCAGAGGGAGAAGCAGGCUCCCCGCCCAGCAAGGAGCCAGAUGUGGGACUCGAUCCCAGGACCCCAGGAUCAUGACCUGAGCCGAAGGCAGACUCUUAACCAACUGAGCCACCCAGACGCCCCAGGAUUUUCUCAUUCUGUGGCUUGUGUUUUCAUUCUUUUAAUUAUCCUUUUCAAAGAGCAGAAAUUCUUUACUUUGAUUAAUUUUAAUAAAUCAGUAUUUUUAUCUCUGGAUUGUCUCUAAGACAUCUUUGCCUAUUCCAGGCCACAGAUAUUUCAUCCUGUGUUUUUUUCUAGAAAUUUUAUAAUUUCAGAUUGUAUGUUUAGAUCUGUGAUCCAUUUUCAGUCAUUUAUUGUGUUAGAUAUUAGCUGGAGGUGUUAAGUUUGUUGGUUUUUUUUUUCCCUUGCCAAUGGAUUCUCCAGUUGUGCCAGACCAUUUUUGGGGAAGAUUAUUUUUUCUCCAUUGACUUGCUUUUGUGCCUUUGUCAAAAAUCACAUUACCAUGUAUGUGUGCAUCUAUUUCUGGACGCUUCUGUUCCAUUUCAUCAGAUCUGUAUGUCUCUCUUGCAGUAUCACACUGUCUUGAUUACUGUAGCUUUCUAGGAGUGUGAAUUCUCCAACUUCAUUCUUCUUUUUAAGUAUUGCUUUGGUCUUCUAUAUAAAUUUUGCCUUUCCAUGUAAAUUUUUAUAUCAGUUUAUUCAUUUCUACAAAUACCAAAGGUACUUUGGGAUUGCAUUGAAAUGUGUAGAUUAAAUGUGGAAAAAUUGACCUCUUAACAAUAUUGAGUGUUGAAUCUAUGAAUGUGGUAUCUCUCUUCAUUUAUUUAGGUCUUUGAUUUCCUUCAGCAGUAUUUUAGUUUCUAAAAGCAUACAGAUUCUGCAUAUAUUUUGUUAAAUUUACACCUUAGUAUGUCAGUUUUUGGGGUGCUGCUACAAAUGUAUGCUUUUAAAUUCUUUAUUUCCAGUUCUUUGGUAGUAUGUGCAAAUAUAAUUGUAUUCCACGACUUUGCUAAACACUCUAGAUAUGAAAACGUUUUCAGAGAUUCUGUGGCGUUUUCCACAUAGAUAAUCAUGUUGUGUGCUAAUAUAGGCAGUUCUCUUUCUAAAUUGUAUGCCUUUUAUUCUUGUAGCCCUAUUGCAGUGGCUAGGACUUCCAAUAUUAUAUUGAACAGAAUUGGUGAGAGCAGACAUCCCUGCCUUGUUUCCCCUUAGGGAGAAAUCAGUUAGUAGUUUCCUAGUACUUUUAUAGUUCUUUUAACACAAACAUUUCAGUAUAGUGAUCACUUAGCAAAGGAAUCAUAUGAAUUUUUUUUUCCAGAUGGCUUCCAGUUUUCCUGAUAUCAUUCCUUGACUAGUGCACCAUAUGUAUGCAUAUCUGUGCCCCCCACACAUGAACUUCAAUCAAAGCACCUACUGCAUUGCUUUGCUGUUUACUUUUUACUUAUCUUUCUCUUAAUAGAAGAUGAGCAUUUUGGGGGGGAUAAGAAAUGGUGCCUACCCUCAAGGAACUAAUGUUGUGAAUAAUUGGUAUUAGAUUGGACCAUACGAAAUUGCCAGUAUUAAUUUUUUCUGCUUACAAGGUCUAAUUAUCCGUGUGAGAAAUGUUCCUGCAUGAGAAAUUGUUCAUCACUGUUGUGUGCUUAUAAGCAAAGCCAUGGAGCCUAGAAAUACUGAUGUAAAUGGGAUACAACCACUACCCUUGAAGGAGAUACUUUCUCUGUGGAAGACAGGGUCUUUACAACAUUCAUGUGUUUAAUUCUGUGGCCUGAGAUACAACUACUGCUUCUACCAGAGGAAAAUAGUAUGGGAAUUCCUAUUAUGCCAUCGCUGGUGCAAGCUAUAUUUAAUGGAGAUCCUGAUGAAGUUCGAGCACUAAUAUUUAAGAAAGAAGAUGUUAACUUUCAGGACAAUGAAAAGAGAACUCCACUGCACGCUGCUGCCUAUCUUGGAGAUGCAGAAAUCAUUGAACUGCUUAUUUUAUCUGGAGCUAGAGUUAAUGCCAAAGACAGCAAAUGGUUGACACCUUUACACAGAGCAGUUGCAUCUUGUAGUGAGGAAGCAGUGCAGAUACUUUUGAAGCAUUCUGCAGAUGUUAAUGCUCGAGACAAAAAUUGGCAAACCCCUUUACACAUAGCUGCUGCUAAUAAAGCUGUAAAGUGCGCUGAAGCUUUGGUACCUCUUCUGAGUAAUGUAAACGUGUCUGAUCGAGCGGGGAGGACUGCAUUACAUCAUGCAGCUUUUAGUGGACAUGGUGAGAUGGUCAAACUACUCUUGUCUAGAGGUGCCAAUAUUAAUGCUUUUGACAAGAAAGAUAGACGGGCUAUUCAUUGGGCAGCAUAUAUGGGUCACAUUGAAGUAGUGAAAUUACUUGUGGCACAUGGAGCUGAAGUGACAUGCAAGGAUAAGAAGUCUUAUACACCUCUUCAUGCAGCAGCCUCUAGUGGAAUGAUCAGCGUAGUCAAGUACCUUCUGGAUCUUGGAGUUGAUAUGAAUGAACCAAAUGCCUAUGGAAAUACACCUCUUCAUGUAGCCUGCUAUAAUGGACAAGAUGUUGUAGUGAAUGAACUUAUAGACUGUGGUGCUAAUGUAAAUCAAAAGAAUGAAAAAGGAUUUACUCCUUUGCACUUUGCUGCUGCAUCAACACAUGGAGCAUUGUGUUUAGAGCUUCUAGUAGGCAAUGGGGCCGAUGUCAAUAUGAAGAGCAAGGAUGGGAAAACCCCACUGCACAUGACUGCCCUCCACGGUAGAUUCUCCAGAUCACAAACCAUUAUCCAGAGUGGAGCUGUAAUUGACUGUGAGGAUAAGAAUGGAAACACCCCUUUGCACAUAGCAGCAAGGUACGGCCAUGAGCUGCUAAUCAACACUCUUAUUACAAGUGGUGCUGACACUGCAAAGCGUGGCAUACAUGGAAUGUUCCCCCUCCAUUUGGCAGCCUUAAGUGGUUUUUCAGAUUGCUGCAGGAAACUUCUUUCUUCUGGAUUUGAUAUAGAUACCCCAGAUGAUUUUGGCAGGACCUGUCUACACGCAGCUGCAGCUGGAGGGAAUUUGGAGUGCCUAAACCUUCUGCUGAAUACCGGUGCAGACUUCAACAAAAAGGACAAAUUUGGGAGAUCUCCGCUGCAUUAUGCUGCUGCCAACUGCAAUUACCAGUGCCUGUUUGCUCUUGUGGGAUCAGGAGCAAGUGUGAAUGACCUUGAUGAAAGAGGAUGCACACCCCUGCACUAUGCAGCCACAUCAGACACAGAUGGCAAGUGCCUGGAAUACUUAUUACGAAAUGAUGCAAAUCCAGGGAUCCGUGACAAGCAAGGAUACAAUGCAGUUCAUUAUUCAGCUGCUUAUGGUCACCGUCUAUGUCUUCAGCUGAUUGCAAGUGAAACUCCUUUAGAUGUUUUAAUGGAAACCUCCGGGACAGACAUGCUGAGUGAUUCAGAUAACAGAGCAACAAUAAGCCCCUUACAUCUGGCCGCCUAUCAUGGUCACCAUCAAGCACUAGAAGUGUUGGUACAGUCUUUGUUAGAUCUUGAUGUGAGAAAUAGUAGUGGAAGAACACCCUUAGAUCUUGCAGCAUUUAAGGGCCAUGUUGAAUGUGUGGAUGUACUCAUUAAUCAGGGAGCCUCAAUUUUAGUAAAAGACUACAUUUUGAAGAGAACACCUAUACAUGCUGCAGCAACAAAUGGUCAUUCAGAGUGCUUGCGGCUACUAAUAGGAAAUGCAGAACCGCAGAAUGCAGUAGACAUUCAAGAUGGAAAUGGACAGACUCCUCUGAUGCUGUCUGUUCUCAACGGGCACACGGACUGUGUUUACUCACUGCUGAACAAAGGAGCAAAUGUAGAUGCCAAAGAUAAAUGGGGAAGGACAGCAUUGCAUAGAGGGGCAGUUACAGGCCACGAAGAAUGUGUAGAUGCAUUACUUCAACAUGGUGCUAAGUGCUUAUUUCGAGAUAGCAGGGGCCGGACACCUAUACACUUGUCAGCUGCCUGUGGACACAUUGGUGUUCUGGGAGCCCUUUUGCAGUCAGCAGCAUCCGUGGAUGCAAAUCCAGCCAUAGCAGACAAUCAUGGAUAUACAGCACUUCACUGGGCCUGCUACAACGGUCAUGAGACAUGUGUAGAACUUCUUUUAGAACAGGAAGUUUUCCAGAAAAUGGAAGGAAAUGCUUUCAGUCCUUUGCAUUGUGCUGUGAUAAAUGACAACGAAGGUGCUGCUGAAAUGUUAAUUGAUACUUUAGGUGCCAGCAUCGUGAACGCCACAGAUUCAAAAGGAAGAACCCCUCUCCAUGCGGCCGCCUUCACAGACCACAUAGAGUGUUUACAGCUGCUGCUCAGCCAUAAUGCUCAAGUCAAUUCUAUAGACUCUUCUGGGAAAACACCUCUCAUGAUGGCUGCAGAAAAUGGACAGACAAAUACAGUUGAGAUGCUGGUUAGCAGUGCUAGUGCAGAUCUGACUUUACAAGAUAACAGUAAAAACACCGCCCUCCAUUUGGCUUGCAGCAAGGGUCAUGAAACUAGUGCCUUGUUAAUACUGGAAAAGAUAACAGAUAGAAACCUCAUCAAUGCAACCAAUGCAGCCUUGCAAACACCUCUGCAUGUUGCUGCCCGAAAUGGGCUGACAAUGGUGGUUCAGGAACUUUUGGGGAAAGGAGCAAGUGUGCUUGCAGUAGAUGAAAAUGGCUAUACCCCAGCUUUGGCCUGUGCUCCCAAUAAGGAUGUGGCUGAUUGCCUAGCUCUCAUUUUGGCCACCAUGAUGCCUGUCUCAUCAAGUAGCCCUUUAUCAUCCCUGACUUUCAAUGCCAUUAACCGUUACACCAACACCUCAAAAACAGUCAGCUUUGAAGCCUUGCCCAUCAUGAGGAAUGAACCUAGCUCCUAUUGCAGUUUCAACAACAUUGGCGGAGAACAGGAGUACUUAUACACCGACGUGGAUGAGCUCAAUGACUCUGAUUCCGAGACCUACUAAGAGGCUGAGCCAGGGGUCUGAGUGAGGAGUUCUGACACUAACGCUUCAGAUUGUGCUUUUUCAGGAAAAAGGCACUUUCUUAUUCACGUACAAAUUCAACCUAAGAGGAAGGAUCGCAGAGUGAGCAAAUAUGAGAAAUGUGAUGACAUUAGUAAGAAGAGUUUUAAAGGCAAGUUUUACAAAAGGAACUUCUAGAAUCUUGAAAUAGACUUGACCAGAGGAAAACACUUUGAUGUCAAAUUACUUUGUGGAAUUGUUUGAUUUGGUUUUGCAGUGCCAGGAAUAAUUUGGGACACUGUGCACCCUAAUCUGCUUACACAAGCAACACUAUUGUAAAAGAAGAGAUAAGGACACUAGAUUUAAAUUUUACCAGUAAAACUACAACUAAAUUAAGGGCAAUAAAAGUUUGGUGCAGUAGGCAUUAUGUGCACAGCAAAUUGCCAAAGGACCAAGUAACUUAAAAGUUUUUUAAUAGAAUGCCAUUUUGUGGAAAUCAGAAUAGGUGAAAUGAAACAUUAUCUAAACCAAACUUAAAUAUUUCUGAAAAUGGAGCUGAGAUUUGGUUUUAAAUGUUGGUUUUUUUUUUUAAAGAAAACAUCUGAAAGCCUUCAAAUACUGUAUUAAACCAUGAGAGAAAGCAGAUGUAUUUUUACAUUUUUUCUUUUACAUAAAAAUUUAAAAAUUCCAACUUUUAUAAUAUUAGAAUUAAAAACCAGCUGGCUGAGUGCAGUCAGGGUGAAAAUACUUGUGAUGUAGACAUGAGAUAGAUUGGGGUCGGGCCGUCAUUGCCGUUUUGAAUGGUUUAGGUUUAAAAUUGAACUAUUUUUGUUUGAAAAUGUAAAGAAUUUCCUAGAAGAAGAAAAUUUCAUGAAAUCAAAAAAUAGAUUAUUUUCACCCUAUUGCAGCUAAGUGGUCCUGGGGAGUGGAGUUUUUGACCUCACUACUUUGGAUGGUACACCUUCAUCACUUAUGUUACUUUUGUGCCUCCACAAUGGACUGGGGGAUUUUUGUUUUCACUGUUUAGUGAAUAAUCAAAAAGAAAAAAAAUCCCUUGCUAUUGAUAGGUUAACAUCAUCGGGUCUCUUGGAAGGCAUUUCUAUAUUGGGUCCUAUUCAGAUUUAAACAUGCUACUACUUGGGGAAAGAAGCAAUUGCCUGCCGAAUUAGAAGACUGCCUUUCAAAUAACAGAGAGAGAAAGGCUGAUGUUUAGGCUUUUAAAUAACAAUUUGUAUGGUUCUGCUUUUACUGUAACUGUCACUUUCCCAGCAAGAAUGAUUUCACAUAUGUAGGGGGUCUUACAGAUCUGGGUAAAGUUCCAUAAAUUUUCACAAAAUGAUACCCAAUUUCAUUUUACCCUUUUUGUAUUGUGAAACUGGAAACUUUAUGACAUUGUAAAUUUCAGCUGGUUUUUCUGAAUAUAAAGUGUGAAAACACAGAACAGUAUUUUGAUCUAUUUGAUAAUUUUGUGGGGUUUUUGAAGAAUUAAUGAGCAUGUACAUAGAAAUAGUGACUGCUUGAAUACUGUAUUUACUUGCACUCUUUCAGUACAUCAAGAUUCCUGUAUAUUUUAGGGUAUAAUAAAACACAGAUGUGAGUUGUA